GUCGCAUACAGUAAUCCGCGACUGCUUGUGGUGUAUGGUCGCAUUGCUGAUGUUGAGCUGGCUUUGGUGUCCGGCCACUGCCCCACUUCUGUCGCGCCGCAAUCUGAGCGCGACCAGUGGUGGACCACCCUCGGCGACCGUCUGUCGGCUCUUCCAGCUGGCGUUGUCCCUCUCCUCAUGCUCGAUGCUAACGCCCGUUUCGUCCUGCAAGAGCUUCUUGAGAUGCCUGGCAAUGACAAUGCCGACCGACUUCAGCGUGUCUUUGCAGAGCAUGGCUUGGACAGGACCAGGGCAUAUGACCAGUAUGGCAACCAAAGGGCCACCUGGCUACCUCCGGCUGGAACCGAAGACAGCGCUGUCUGUAUUGACUAUUUAGGAUGGCCAAGCACGUGGCAUGAUAGUGUCGAUGACAUUGGAGUCGUCAACCUAGAAGAUGAACAUGCUGGCAUCGACCACUCGCCGGUUGUUGCAUCUGUUCAUGUCUCCCUUGUCAAAAGUGCACAGCGCCGAGGGGGUGUCAACAGGGCUGCUAUGCGUACGGUUGAGGGGAGGGAGGUGGUGCGUGGUAUCUUUGCCAGCGCUCCGUGCAUCCCAUGGGAUGUACAUGUUGAUGACCACAUCCGACUGCUGAAUGUGCACUUUCAGCGUAGCCUCGCGGCAGCUUUCCCGCAUCAGCAAUCCCCGUGGCUCAUUGCGCAGUGCUUCGCUGCUUGGCGUCGAGGGCAGGGUGACCCGGAUACCCUAUGCCAAGGGAUCAAGCGAUUCGACAAGGCGGCAGCCGCUCACAUACUUGUUAUGCGCGCGCUUAGCAACCAGGCGCGUGCCAGCGGACGACAAGAUGAGGCAGCCUUCACUAGACGUGUCUACGCAGAAGCACGAUCCGAUGGCCCCGCCGCCAUUGCCAAGCAAAUUCGCACUGUGCUUAAGCGUGGCCGAGGCGCGCGGGCUGCCCUGCCCGUCGUCCUGCAUACCAGUGCGGGCGCCCUUCGCGAACCGUGCGAGGUCAAGGAGGCUUUCGCAAGGCAUUUUGCCCAGUCUGAGCAAGCUGUUUCAAUGCCCCUUGCUCAGAUAGGCAAGUGGUUUGUCGCAGAUUCCGGGGGAAUUCUACCAGAGUUGCCCGCUUCAG